AUGGAAAACCUAGCGAAAAUUAAUUAUGACCCACAAAUACUCGAAGAAGACCAGCAUUUCUCGUAUGCCAUGAUGCUGAUAACUUCCAUGUCACUUCCAAUGGUGUUGAAGGCCGCCGUCCGGCUCGGCUUGUUCGAGAUUAUUGCCGGAGCCGCUGGCGAACAACUCUCGUCUUCACAAAUUGCUUCCAAGUUGUCUUCUCCGACGACACCGACAAAUCAAGAGAGUACGGCGGGUAUGGUUGACCGGAUGCUUCGCCUCCUGGCCAGCCAUUCCGUGCUCACUUGUUCGUCCGUGGUCGUUGAUGGCCGUGAACAAAGUGUGUACGGCUUGGCUCCGGUGGCGAAGUAUUUUGUUCGGAAUGAACGGGGAGUUUCGUUGGGCCCUUUCCUGGAAUUUAUUCAACAUAUAAACUUCAUUGAAAGCUGGUUCGAGCUUGAAGAAGCAGUUAUUGAAGGAGGAGUUCCAUUUAAGAGGCUGCAGAAUGGUGCACACGCAUUCGAUUCUCUAAAGAAAGAUCCCGAAUUCGGUGAGAUCUUCAACAAAGCCAUGGCCAACCAUGCAACUCUUGUAGUAGACGGAAUUCUUGAGAGUUACAAAGGUUUUGCAGACCUUGAAUCUUUGGUGGAUGUUGGUGGCGGUUUUGGAGUUACCAUCAAUGCUAUAACAAACAAAUAUCCUAAUGUCAAGGGUAUUAAUUUCGAUUUGCCUCAAGUUAUAGAACAUGCCCCAAAAUACCAUCGAGUGACUCAUGUUUCGGGAAAUAUGUUUGAAAGUGUUCCAAAUGCGGAUGCUAUGUUCAUGAAGUGGAUACUUCAUGAUUGGGAUGAUGAACAUUGUCUGAAAGUGCUAAAGAAUUGUUAUAAGGCUUUACCAGCAAAUGGAAAAGUGAUAGUGGUGGAUGCAGUUCUUCCAAUGAUUCCCGAUACCAGUGCAUCCGUUAAAACCUCUUGCCAAUUCGAUUUGAUUAUGAUGACCCGAAACCCAGGUGGAAAAGAGAGAAGUGAGCAAGAAUUCCUAACAUUGGCUUUGAGAGCUGGAUUUAAAGGAAUGAGGUUGGAAUGUUUUGUCUGUAACUUGUGGGUCAUGGAGUUCUAUAAGUAG